AAGACAUCUUUUUGACAGUAUGACAAGGAAAACGGAUUUUUUUGUAUAUUUUUUAAAGUUAUUCGAGAAUUUUUAGCUAGGGUUCCGUAUUUAAAGGGUUUAUUUUUAAUCGAAGAUAUAUUUUUAAUGUCUUGAAGUGUUUUAUUUAUUUUCGAGAUCAUUUCUCAAGGAUAUAAUGAACAUGGACAUUAGAGAUGAUGAUGAUUUUCAAGCAUCUCUUGAGCCUAUGGUUAUUAUAAAUGAUGAAGAAAGUUUUAAUGAGAAUUGCAAAGAUAAUUUAUCUAGUCACAAUAAUACUGAUACUCAUGAAAUAAUUAAUUUUAUUGGUCCAGAAAUAUCAAUUAUACCAGUUAGAAAAAGACAGCAAUUCAAAAUAAAACUUUUUGCUCGCGAAUAUUCACCGUCUAGAGAUGAUACCAGUGAUAAAGUUCAAAGUAUAACAAGAAAUACUCGCGAAAAAGUUCGAUUAGUAACAAAAGAUGAAGCACAAAAUGCAACUGAAACAUACACCAAAAGAAAAUCUAGUCCCUUGGAAAAAUGUCCAAUAUGUAAGAAAUAUUUCAGAAGAAUGAAAACCCACCUUUUAAAACAUGAGAUAUUAAAUAAAGCCCCAGAGGAAAGAUUAUUUUGCACUUUGUGUCAUAAAGUAUUUAAUACUCAAAGUAAUCUUCUGAUACAUAUGAGAAGUCACAGUGGGGAUAGACCUCAUAUUUGUGAAGUUUGUAAUAAAUCAUUUUCACAAAGCUGCAACUUGGUUAAUCAUAUGAGAGUGCAUACAGGAGAAAAACCUUUUAAAUGUCCCCAUUGUGAUAGAGCGUUUACCCAAUCAGGUAAUCUUAAUAAUCAUAUUAGAUUACAUACCGAUGAAAAACCUUUCAAAUGUCAUUUUUGUGACAAGGCUUUCGUUCAAUCAGGAAAUCUCAGUUCUCACAUUAGGAAUAAUCAUAAAUUUGACAAUAUGCCAUUUCAAUCUUUGGCAAGUGUAAUGUAGUUAUUUCUAUACCUAAUUUUCUCUUUAUUUUGUACAAGAAGGGUGAUACUAAAAAAAUUUAUAACAUACUUUUAUGAUCUCUUUAGUAUUUAUUUCAAAUUACAUUAAUGGCACAUGUAUUCUACAAUAAUCUUGUUCUAUAAUUGAUUUAACUUUUUUGGAUUUUAUUUCACCUUAAAAUUAUUAAUAUAAUAGUUUUCUUCAUUGAAUACUUUGUUUUUGAAUCAUCAGUUUUCUGCUUUAUUAAAAAUAUUAUGAAUGUUUCAAUUUUUACACAUAUAAACUGUGGAAAUUCAACUAAAGCAUAUCAAUGCACAGAUUGCUUCCAGUGAUUGUAAAUUUCCCACCUCUCCAUAUAGUAUUGGAAAGCGUGGUGGCAAAAACUACACUCAAAAUGAUUAGAGGAGGAAUCAACAAGGAAAAACCGUCCUCAAAAAAUUACCACCCAAUCUGGGACAAGCCUUAGGACAAAAUACUAAAAUAGUUUAGCUUAUGGGAAAUGGUAUACGGAUGGUUCCAAAACAGCAGAGAGAACUGGAAUAGAAAUAUAAGGGCCUAGAACCUAAAACUCUGAAAGCCUUAGCAACGCCCCAAUCAGUUUAUAAGGAAAAAUAUAUGCAAAUGAAAAAUGUUUCUAGUAUAAUAUAGAAAGGAUUUAUCUCAAACAGAUCAUGAUCCUGUCUGAUGACCAAGCAGCCAUUAGAACUUUAAGCUCCAACGUCUAAAAAUUAAAACUGGCUUGGAAAUAAACGAGCUAGGAAAGGAAAAUAAAAUUACCCUGCAAUAGAUUCUGAGAUAUAAUGGAGUAAAGGGAAAUGAAGUAGCUGACAGACUCAUUAAAGUCCAGGCCAGACAAAUCCUUCAUAUGACCUGAUCCCUUUUGUGUUAUCAGCUACAGAACAAUGGAAAAAGUACUGGAAAAGAAGGUAGAUAGUGUGUGAAAAAUUUUUUUUCAGUCAUGUUCGUUUUAUUUAAUGUAUUAGAAUCACUCUUCUUAUCAUUGAUUUUGCAUAUCAGUUUUAGACUGUGUCUCUGCAUAGUGGAGACUAAUAAAGAUAUGCUGAAAUAA